AAAAUUCUAAGCAUAUCGCAAAGUCGCGCCUCUUUCUCACGCCAACACUCUAGAGUACUUCCGCGUAACUGUCUGGUCACGUCUGCCUGUUACUCAAUUCAUCAGCACCAACCGCAAACAAUCAUGCCAGGAGCCACGAAAGACUCCGCGCCAGUCCAGAUCGUGGACCCAACUUCCGAGACGGGCGAGGAGAUUGACCCAGCUGUCGACCGCGACCGAAUCCGAGUCCUCUCUGGCUCCACAGAAACAGCAGCAUCUUUCCAGUUUGAUGGCGAGGACCACACGCUAGGUAACGCGCUACGUUAUAUCAUUCACAAAAACCCAGACGUCGAGUUUUGUGGUUAUUCCAUACCGCAUCCAUCAGAAGCAAAGAUGAACCUGCGCAUCCAGACUUAUGACGGCGUUAGUGUUUACACUGUGCUGGAAAAGGGUCUUGAAGAUCUCAUGGCCAUGUGCGAUGUUGUUGAGAAGAAGUUCACCAUUGCACGUGACGAAUUUGUCAACAAGAUGGAGGAGUAA